AUGUCCUUAUCACCUAAGAUUGAUGAAAUUUCCCACACGUUAAACUCUAUUAGCGCUGAUAUUGGUCUCUUUACCGAAACCUGGUUGCAGGAUACCGUUCCUGAUGACGCAAUUAAUAUUGAAGGAUAUCAACUGUUUAGGAGAGACCGUGCAAAUAGAAUUCAUGGGGGUGUGUGUAUGUAUGUCAAAGAAUCAAUUCACUGUAAAAUCUUAUCUGACUUUUAUCAUACAGAUCAUGAAGUUUUUUGGGCAUAUCUUAGACCAAGGCGACUACCUCGUGGUUUCUCAAAUAUUGUAAUAGCGGUGGUGUACCAACCUCCAAGUGCGAACGAUGUAGAAAUGAAAGAAUAUCUUAUACAAUCCCUUGAACGUUUAGAAGCUGAAUAUCCACAUUGUGCUGUCUUCCUAGCUGGCGAUUUCAACAAAACCCUUCUUCCCUUGGUUAAAUCUGCUGUAAAAAACUUCCAACUCAAGCCCAUGGUUAAACAACCUACAAGAGGGGACAAUAUUUUGGACCAAAUUUUUACAAAUUGUAAAGAGUACUUAUCAGAUUCUGUCCGAAUUUUACCACCCUUUGGUUAUUCCGAUCACCGAACAGUAUUUAUUGAGGCAAAAAUUCGACCUAAACCUUCAAAGCCACGAAAUAGAAUAGUUGUGUUUAGAGACAAACGGCCUACCAAGGUAGCAAGCGUUGGUAGAUUUCUACAACAGGUUCCUUGGCUUGAGUUACUCUCUAAUUAUCAAACAUGUGAAGAAAAGCUCAAGCUACUGACUGAAAUCAUAAACUAUGGACUAAAUACUAUCAUGCCUGAGCAAUGUAUCAAAAUGCAUGAAAAUGAUCGACCCUGGUUGAACACUCGGUUAAAAAAAAUGAUAAAUAGCCGUCAAAAAGCUUUCUCUUCUGGAAAUAGAAUCCUAUAUAAAAUGCUGAGAAAUAAAGUUAAUCGGGAAUGUAAACAUAGUAGGAAAACCUAUUAUGAAAGUAAAAUUGGUCAAAUGAAGGACUCUACGCCCAGAGAUUGGUGGAGAGAGGUCAAAAAUCUUUGUGGUAUUAAUAAAAACAGUCGUCGUGACCUAAGAUCCCUUUUACACCCUGAUCUUGUGUGUGAUGAUUUUACUCUUACGAAUAACAUAAACAAAGCGUUUAUCAGCGUAAUGAAUGAUUACUCGCCUCUGACAGAUUAUACAUGCGUGGAUGCGGUUGAUGAUGAACCUUUGUAUGUUACCGAAGAAUCUGUGGCAAGGAAACUAAGAGCGAUUAAGAUAUCUCGCGCCAGUGGACCUGAUAACCUUCCAAAUUGGGUGCUCAAAACGUUCUCGGACAUUAUCGCAAGUCCUAUUACUGAUAUAUUGAACACCUCAUUUACCGAAUGUAGAGUGCCUAACGUUUGGAAACUCGCAGAUGUUUGUCCUCUGCCAAAGUCGUCUCUCAUUUGUGAUUUUAACAACGACAUCAGACCAAUUUCUCUUACGUCGACUCUGUCGAAAGUUGCGGAAAGCUUUGUGAUUGAUAUGGCUUUAAAACCGGUUAUGUUGUCUAUUGUUGAUCCACGACAGUUUGGAUUUAUCCCAGGUUCAUCGACAACUAUGGCACUAAUCGAUAUGUUUCAUCAUUGGUUAUCUGCCACUGAUGGGACAUCGUCCACAAUAAGAACUGUUCUCUUAGAUUUUCGGAAAGCCUUUGACCUAGUAGACCAUCAUAUACUGAUCGCUAAACUAUUCAGCAUAGGAGUAAAGCCAACCAUCGUUAAUUGGAUUAUUGAUUUCUUACGUCAUCGGCAGCAGAGGGUUAAAUAUGAUGGUACUUUUUCCAACUGGGUUGAUGUCCACGCUGGAGUUCCCCAGGGUACUCGUCUUGGUCCAUGGCUCUUUCUUAUUCUAAUUAACGAUCUACGAUUACCAGAUCAGAUCUCCCAAAUGUGGAAGUUCGCUGACGAUAUCACAUUAUCCGAAGUGAUUACCCAAUCUAAUGAAAGUUCCAUUCAGGACGCCGUUGAUUAUGUUAACUUGUGGUCUAAAGAGAACCAUCUACAACUUAAACCUACCAAAUGUAAAGAAAUCCAAUCAUGUUUUAAGAUAAUCCCUCCAUCUUUCGUUCCAAUUGAGAUAGAUUGGAUAAAAUUUGAUAAAGUUAGUACUGCAAGACUUCUCGGUGUUACUAUUCGUGACGAUUUUAAUUGGAUAGAUCACGUUAAAACCAUAACUGCCAAGGCCUCAAAGCACCUAUAUCUCUUAAGACAACUUAAAAGAGCGGGACUCAGUGUUGAUGAUAUGAAAGCCUUUUAUUGUAGUGUUGUCCGAUCAGUACUGGAAUAUUGCUGUCAAUUGUUUCAUAGAAAUUUCCCCAAUUACCUCUCGAAUGAUCUUGAACGCAUUCAGAAGCGUGCAUUGCGGAUUAUUUUCCCUCAUCAAAGUUAUAAUGAAGCACUGAAAGAGGCAUUUAUUCCCACCCUCUUUGACAGGCGAGAAAUGCUAUCACAAAGUCUUUUUAAAGAUAUUGUUGUCAAUGGAAACCAUAAACUUGCUGGUUUACUUCCCCCUCGUAAUAGCUGUAAUGGUUUUCUGAGAAAUAAUAGAACUUUUAACACGCCACAAUGCCGAACAGAUCGUUUCAAAAACUCUUUUAUAAUGAGUUUUAGUACUGAAGCAAAUUUUGCUAAUUGA